CGCCCGUGCUGGAGCUCUGGCCGCGUCCCCCGCGCGGGCCCCGGACCUUCGCGCCAAGACCCCGGCGUGCCCGCGGGACAGCCUCCAGCCUCGGGCCACCACCCCGGGGCAGACUCCAGAGCUCCUCCUGACCUCCGUCCUGCCUGCCCCCAUGAAGAAAACCAACCUGUGGUUCUUGGAGCGUCUUCGGGGGUCUGGGGAAAACGUCACUCCUGGGAGCGAGGCCGGGGACAAGGCUUCCAAGGGGCCCCUGCACAGCAAUGUGCUCACACCUGACAAGAUCCCUGACUUCUUCAUACCCCCCAAACUGCCCGCUGGCCCCGCAGAUCCUGAGGGGCAGGCUGAGCUGGGCCCCGCCUCGACGGAGCAAAACCUGGCCUCGGGGACGCCCCGCCGAGCCCCGCGGAGCCCGCGGCUGCCUGCCAAGCUGGCAGCUGAGAGCAAGAGCCUGCUGAAGGCAGCCACCCGGCACGUGAUCCAGAUCGAGAGUGCGGAGGACUGGCUGGUAGAGGAGGCUGCCACCAACGCUGACCCCCAAGCCCAGGGCGCCAUGUCCCUGCCCUCCGUGCCCAAGGCUCAGACGUCCUAUGGCUUUGCCACGCUGGCAGAGAGCCCCCACACGCGGCGUAAGGAGUCCCUGUUCCACAGCGAGCAUGGAGCCCUGGCGCAGGUGGGAUCCCCAGGUGCCGGUCGCCGUCGGGGGGGCACCAAGGCCAAUGGGGGCGAUGGGGUGCCCAGGGAGGCUGGUGGGGCCCUCAUGAGCCCCAGCCGCUACUUCAGCGGUGGGGAGAGUGACACAGGGUCCUCAGCGGAGUCCUCCCCGUUCGGGUCCCCUCUGCUCUCACGUUCCGUGUCGCUGCUGAAAGGGUUCGCGCAGGACAGCCAGGCCAAAGUGAGCCAGCUCAAGCACUCGGCGGGCCGCCACGGCUCCCUGUCCGCUGAGGACAGCGCACCAGACACCAGCCCCGGGGCGCGGCGCCGCCUGACCCGCAGGGCCACCCCAGAGCCGGGCCCUGAGACUGGCCAGGCGCCCCGUGCAGAGCACGCGGUCCGCAUGGGCCCGCGGGGCAGCGUGCGGCUGCUGGCGGAGUAUGAGGUGGCCCAGGCCCGCCUGCGGGUACGUCUCCUGGCAGCCGAGGGCCUCUAUGACCGCCUGUGUGACGCCCGCAGCAUCAACUGCUGUGUGGGGCUGUGCCUGGUCCCCGGGAAGCUACAGAAGCAGAGGAGCACCAUCAUCAAGAACAGCCGCCACCCCGUCUUCAAUGAGGACUUCUUUUUCGAUGGCCUGGGGCCGGCCAGUGUCCGGAAGCUGGCCCUCAGGAUCAAGGUGGUCAACAAGGGCAGCAGCCUCAAGCGGGACACGCUGCUCGGGGAGGAAGAGCUUCCGCUGACCUCCCUGCUCCCUUUCUUGUAAAGGCCCCUCCCUGCCUCCCUCGCUCCCGAGGGGGCAGAGGGAAGACCCCCUCCCCUCCCACUCAGAUCCCCGUGGGCAGGAGGCCAGCAGCCAGGAGGGGGGCUGGAGGGCUGUUUAAACUCAGGCUGGGCUGCCGUCCAUGCUGGGGGUUACUGGGUUGCCAACGGUGACCGGAACACUAUCUUUCAUGGGUUAAUUUUUUCAGAGGAGGAAGAGAGGGGGCAGCCAGGGAAGAGAAGGAGACACUUUGCAGGGCUGAGCACCCCCCUACCCCGUGCCCUAAGUUCCAUGCUGCCUCACCCCUUUCAGAGUUCUGGAAAGGGGUUCUCCGGGGGCGGGGGUGGCCAGGAACCUGUGAGACGCUUUACCGUAGGCUUCCCAGUUCCCCAGUGACCCUGCAGGGGCCCAGAGGGCCUGGAGACCGCAGAAGUGGAUCACAGACCUAGAGGUGGCCAGUUCGGAGCUGAGCCCAAUAUCUCUCUUGGUUGCAUAAGAGUCUUCCUGCCCCGGCCCACCAGACACCCCCCCGCCCCCUCUGCCCCCACCAGACAGCAGUACCAGGUCUGGGAUCUACCAACAGCGCCCACGAGGCUACAGGAGACACCCCACCUGGGUUAGGCUCCAGAGCAGAGCAGGUCAGCGAGGCAGGUGCCACCCACUGGGAGAAGACAGGCAGAGAAGGGAGGCAGCGUUGCUGUGGGGCUGGAAGUGGAGGAAGGCCCGGGAGAGGACAGCGGAGGCUCGGGCUCCCCUCCUGCCCCUGGGAGCCGUAUAGCUCUCCUGUCUGCUAUUUUCCUCCAGCACCUUCCCUGCUGGGCCAGCCCACCUCACGCUCAGGAGCCUUCCGCCCCUGGAGGGGUUGCUCAGAACAGGCCCAGAGCGCGGCCCCCAGCCCCCACUCCGCCCCGUCCCUCCAAGGCCGGGGGCUGCCACCCCCCUGCGCAGCACCCUUGGCCGCAGCACGCCAGGAAGUGAUAGUCAGGGACUGAUGGCUGGGUUUUCACUCCACACAGUAAAUAGCUUUUGGUUAGUGUGGGCGGAAGCUGGCGGGCAGGGAGGACCCUGGUUGUGCACCUUCAUGCUGCAUGGGUUUAAAGUUGUGUCCAUGUGUGGGUCCUUGAAUGAUGUCCGUGGAUGUUUACCAGCUUAACACAACAGAAACGGUACAGUUUGAAGCAGGGGCCAGGCCAGGCUGCCUGGUGAGCAUGGUUGGAUGGGGGCAGUCCCUGGGGAUCCCGGGGCACCCCUCCCCAUCCAAACAUUGUCCCUCCUGACUAGGUUUCCAAAUCCCACUGGGGGAGGGAUGAAGGAGAUUUCCCCCGUAGCCGGGGAAAGCACUUGUUCCCGUUUGCACUUUGGGACUGAGAAUUUGGGGCCCUUGGAGCUGAGGUCCCUUGCUGUGCCCCCUCUCCCCUCCCCACCUCUGUCCUAGGCCUGUUCCUUCAUGCUCCCUGCUCCUGGUGUCAGAGGGGGGCUCCCCUUUACUCUAGAACCUGGAGACCCCCCCAGGGCCAGGCUUGUGGGCUGGAGCAGGUGGACAGAGGACCCUGCACUGAGUCAGAUGCUUGGAGCUUGCACCCUCUCCCUUCCCUCUGACCCUGACCCCUGCUUUCCCUCUGGGGAGGGCCCAUUUUAUAUGCCCCUGCACUAUUUGAUAUCUUUGUGUUACAAGUUGACUGUGGGUAAAUCCUUAAGACACCCUCUCCCAAGUGUGUUUGUUUAUAAAUGCUGUUUUUAGUGCAAUAAAGGUGUUUCGGGAGUGUGGGGGUGGA